UUCCCCUACACUCUCGUCUCAUACCAUUCCCCUUCUCUUCUCCUCUCUUCCUUCUUCGAUCCUGAUUUGUCUCAGCAGAGAGCAGCAAACAGUCAGUUAAGCUCCAUACGGCCGCCUUCUCUCUCCAUGGCCUCGGUGACCGCACGCAUGUCUAGCUCAAGGAUUCCCUCUGUGAAGAGGAUUCCCAUCGCCAACUCGAUGGCGGAGCAACUGAUUCCCGCCGCCUUCCGGUGCCCCAUAUCUCUCGAUCUCAUGAAGGAUCCGGUGACGUUGCAUACCGGGAUCACAUACGACCGUCGGAGCAUCGAGGCGUGGCUCGAGCUCGGGAACCUGACGUGCCCAGUGACCAAGCAAGCGCUCGAGAACGAAGACCUCGUGCCGAACCACUCGAUCCGGAGGAUGAUUCAGGACUGGUGCGUUGCCAACCGCUGCUUGGGCAUCGAGAGGAUACCGACGCCGAGAAUUCCGGUGACCCCGACCCAGGUGUCGGACUUGCUGUCCGAGAUCAGUGUUGCCUGCCGUCGCGGCGACAACGCACGGUGUCGCGAAUUGGCCAGAAUGAUCAAAGCUUUGGGCAGGGAAAGCGAGCGGAAUCGAAGGUGCAUCAUCUCGGGCGGCGCCGGUCGUGUUCUUUCCAACUGUUUCAGCGAGUUGGCGGCUGAGUCAUUGGAGAACCCCAGAGCAGGUGUCAUGGAUGAGAUCCUUGCGGCUUUGGCCGCAUUCCUCCCUCUUGAUGAAGGCUCAUAUCUGCAACUCGCGUCACCCAAGCCUUUGGACUCCAUCGUGUCUGUUCUCAAGUCCGCGGAUUUGGAAGGAAGGCUUAAUGCAACCCUGGUGCUAAAAGAGCUCGCUUCUUCUUCGACUCCGGACCGCAUCGAAGUCGUCGCUAGAACAGAUGGUUUGAUCGAAGCAUUGGUGAAAUUAAUCGAAAAGCCUAUAUCACCUCGAGCCACCAAUGCCUCGAUGGUGACCGCAUUCUACUUGGUGGCCUCCAGCGAACGGAUCGCAGCGAGGUUCGUGGAGAUGGGAAUCGUCCCCUUGCUUCUGGAGAUCCUCGUCGACUCGGAGAAAAGCAUGUGCGAGAAGGCGUUGGGAGUGCUGGAUGGCGUCUUAAGCUGCAGCAGAGGCAGGGAGAUGGCUAGUGCUCACUCCCUGGCAGUGCCGGUGCUGGUGAAGAAGACGUCUCGGGUCGCCGACAUGGAGACGGAGUUCGCUGUGUCGGCCCUUUGGAAGCUCUGCAAGAAUGACGACGAGGGAGAGCGAGUGGUGGAGGCGCUUCAAGCGGGGGCUUUCCAGAAGUUAUUGCUCUUGUUGCAGGUUGGCUGCAAGGGAACAACCAAGGAGAAGGUCAGUGAUCUGCUGAAGCUUCUGAAUCGGAAAAAGAGGAGCUCGGAAUGCAUUGAAACAGUGGAUCUGAGGGGCUUAAAAAGGUCCUUCUAAUGGAGUAGAUGAUCACCAUUUUGUAGACAAAGAGCACGUAGAAUAUCUCGAUUGCGAUCGAUCCAAUGUACAAAAUUGCACACGAUGAUUCGCAGUGAUGAAUACACAAGUUAGCUUCUCACAA